CUUCUAUAUCUAUUGUCAAGUCCCCUAAACAAAGCAAAUCAUAAUCAUACCCUUCUUUUACUUGAUUCAUAAAAAAACUUUUUCUGAAUUAUUCUUGUUUGUUAGGUUGAAGAUAAAAAAAAAAAUGGGACUAAGGGACAUAGGAGCAACACUGCCGCCUGGGUUUAGGUUUUAUCCGAGCGACGAGGAGUUGGUGUGUCAUUAUCUUUACAAAAAGAUUGUGAAUGAGCAUGUUUUGAAGGGUACUUUGGUGGAUAUUGAUUUGCAUACAUGCGAGCCAUGGCAGCUCCCUGAGGUGGCAAAGUUGAAUGCAAAUGAGUGGUAUUUCUUUAGCUUUCGAGAUCGAAAAUAUGCGACGGGAUUCCGAACAAACAGGGCAACAACAUCAGGUUACUGGAAAGCAACAGGGAAAGAUCGAGUGGUGGUGGACCCAAGAACAGAGACGGUCGUAGGGAUGAGAAAGACAUUGGUAUUUCACGGAAACCGAGCACCUAAUGGAAUCAAAACAGGAUGGAUCAUGCAUGAAUUUCGCCUCCACACUCCACAUAUGCCUCCUAAGGAAGAGUGGGUUUUAUGUAGGGUGUUUCACAAGAGCAAAGAAGAGAACAGCACCAAACUUAGCUCCCCAAUGAUGUUGGAGACCUCAAAUGACACCCCUUCUUUAACCCACCGAACAACUUAUCAACAAAUAAGCUCUUCCACCACACCUACCUAUCAAAGCCACGCCCAGUGCUUGCUAAACCUGCUUCAAUAUAAUUCUCAUCAGGAAAACAACAGCAAUGAAGUUACCUCCAAAGUCUAUGACGGCUACGACGACUUAUUGUGGAACAUGGAAGAAAACAGCAGCUUGGGAGGUCAUCAUCUUCCCCAGGUAGCUUCUAAUGUAGGGAACACGAGAUUCGGGACUGACAAAAAGUAUGGUUUCUCAUGAAAGAUGUUGAAUACUUCAUGGAGUAAGAAGGAAAACCAUUUGUAAUGGUGGUAUGAUCAACUCAAAGUAUAAGAUUCGUGUGUUUUAGCUUAGGGUUUAUUUAUUUUUUGUAUUCAAUACUGGUAUUUGUGAAAAUUAAGCAUAAAACAUAUAUAAUUGUUCUUUACAAGCCUUGAGAAAAAUAUAUGAGAUUAUGUCAUGGUUGGAC